ACUAUCACCACCACAGCUAGCAUACUAAAAUCUUCAAGGCUGCAGAAGAAAAUGCCGUCGGCGAUCUCCACUGCGACGUCGCCGGAGUCCCGAUCGGUGGCCGUGAUCGGCGCCGGCGCCGGCGGGCUCUGCGCGGCCCUGGAGCUCCGCAAAGAAGGGCACAAAGUGGUGGUGUACGAGAGGGGGGACCAGAUUGGGGGGCUCUGGGUGUACACACCCGAAGCAGACUCCGACCCGAUGAGCCUCGACCCGGCCCGUAAAAUAGUCCACUCAAGCCUCUACGCCUCGCUCCGGACCAACCUGCCCCGGGAAGCCAUGGGAUUCCGGCAGUACCCUUUCGUGGCUGCCCGGAAUAAGGCGGGCAGGGACGCCAGGAGGUACCCGUGCCACACUGAGGUGUUGGAGUAUUUGAGAGAUUUCGCGGGAGCCUUCGGGCUGUGUGAUUUGGUCAGGUUCGGGAGGGAGGUUUGGAGCGUGGAGAUGGUUCGGGAUCAGGCUCGGAAAUGGCUCGUGAGUUCGAGAAUGAGGGACGGUGGCGAUGAUGACGUGGACAGGGAGGUGUUCGACGCUGUGGUGGUCUGCGUUGGCCAUAAUACGGAGCCCCGAAUCGCAGAAAUACCCGGAAUUGAGGUGUGGCCGGGGAAGCAGAUCCAUAGCCACAAUUACCGUGUUCGUGAUCCCUUCCGCAAUCAAAUUGUGGUGAUAAUAGGUGGUCAUGUAAGUUCUGAUGAUAUCUCUAGAGAUGUUGCGAAAGUUGCGAAAGAAGUUCAUAUUUCAUCAAGAUCAGUCGAAAUUGAUCAACUUGGAAAAUUGUCGGGGCAUGACAACAUAUGGCAACAUUCCACGAUCAAAAGUGUUCGUGAAGAUGGUACAGUGGCAUUCGACGAUCAAACUGAAAUUUAUGCCGAUGCUAUCAUUCACUGCACCGGGUAUAAGUAUCACUUCCCAUUUCUUAAAACCGAUGGCGUUGUCAAAGUCGAGGAUAAUCGAGUUGAUCAUCUUUAUAAGCACAUUUUUCCUCCGACCUUAGCUCCAUCGCUAUCGUUUAUUGGCGUGCCAUGGAAGAUUGUUCCAUUCCCGUUGUACGAGUUUCAAUGCAAGUGGAUCGCUGGUGUUUUAUCUGGUCGAAUUCCUCUCCCGUCGACAAUGGAAAUGAUGAGCGAAAUCGAAGCCUUUUAUGCAUCAUUGGAAGCAUCCGGAAUUCCGAAGAGGUAUACUCAUCGAAUGGAUGCCAAACAGUUCGAGUACAACAAUUGGUUGGCUUCCGAGAGUGGAUCGCCGCCGGUGGAAAAAUGGAGAGAGCAAAUGUAUUUGGUGAGUACGCAAAGGAGGAAGAUGCCGGAGAUGUUUCGCGACCAUUACUUUGGCGACCAAGAUUUGAUCGACGAGGCUCACAAGGACUUCGAGCAAUACGGUGCAGCGCCGGACCUUAUCUAGCCAUGCUUUGCCUUCCUUGUCCUUCAUUUGCUUGUUAUCGAUCGUUUUUAUUCAAUAAAGCUCCAUCGUCGUAACGAUUGGAUUUUUUAGAUUUA